AUGAAUGAGCAACGUUAUUUUAAUCAAAUAAAGUAUCGAUUUGUGUAAUUUAAUUAUACGCUUUAGAAACUCAAGUCAGUAAUGCGUUUAGUGUGUCAGAAGCAUGGGCGAAGGUGUGGCUAAAAAUGGUGCUUUCAAAUACGAGGAUGGUACGAGAUACAUUGGAGAUUGGAAUAACAGAGGAUUGAAACAUGGUGCAGGAGCGUUAUUAUUGCCCGAUGGGACACGUUACGACGGGGCUUUUCAAAAUGGUCUCUGUUCCGGCCUCGGAGUUAUUAUUUUUCCGGAUGGUGCAAAGUAUGAGGGUGAAUUUAUGCAGGGAUGGCUUCAUGGUCAUGGGGUAUUUUGGCGAGCAGACGGAAUGAAAUUCGAAGGCGAAUUCCGUGGUGGGCGUGUUUGGGGUCUCGGUCUUGUAACGUACUCCGAUGGAUCUCAUGGUUUUCCACGCAACGAGGGCUUCUUCCAGGACUGUCGUUUGGUACGCCGUCGUCGAUGUCCUGACGUUGUACAAAAGGCCCAAAAAAUAUCCAUGAUGGCGCGCGCUCAAUGUGCUUCAUAGUAUUAAAAAAAAAUCCUUACAAAUUGAAAGAAAGUCGCAAAAAAAAACUUGAGAUUGCGAAUGAGUCUAGCAGACUUGAAAUAUUCAAGUGUUAUAAGUGACCUGAAUUAUUCAACGGGUUCGUUCGUUGCGAAAUAAACAAUUUCCCAUUGAACCUGAAAAAA